CUGAAGACCUUGAUUAGCUUGUUCAGGUGUGUUUGAUAAGGGUUGGAGCUGAAAUCUGAAGGACUGUGGCUCUCUAGGACCGAACUUGCCUACCCCUGAGUUGAGGUGGAUUAGGAUCACUUUCAGCUACAGAUUCAUCCAGCCACAUGCCUCAAGACAUCUCAGGGGCUCUUUGUCUUCAGGUCAUCAGAUUCCAGUACCCAAUACGUCCUUCUCCACUGAGUUUGACUGAGAGGUGCAGCUGUGAACUGUGUAACCCCUAACACAGAGACCCACUGCUGCGAGCAAGUGAUGGUAAGGGGCUGUGGAAGGAGGAGAAUAGCGAGAGUGAGUGAGUAAGUGAGUGAGAGUAACAGGAGGAGGAGGUUUAAUGAGAAGAGAAUGUUCUCUGCUUGGGCUAUUGUAGUGGGUGCCUGGUGCAUUUUUGUGGCUUCCACCGAAGAAGAGAGAACCAGAAAGAUUAGGUGAUGGAGGGAGGUUGAAUGAUUGUGUGUCAAGAGAGGGGACGUUAAGGUAGACUGCUACUUCAAGAGCUCUGGCACUCUGUCCAAAAGCCCUUGAGUCCAGAAAUCAUCUCCAAAGGCAUUUCUUACAAGAACAGCUUCGACAAAAAAGGGGGGGCUGAAACCAAUUCCGAGAGUAAAUAAACACAGAGAGUGUUUGCAGCAUGUUUCCUGUAUGGAGCCAUCUACAGCACGGACUGGAUCAGAAAUAGGAAACAAUCUGUCCUGUUAAUGCAAGAAUAGAGUUUUUUUUCCCUGUGUCAUAAAAAGAGCUUUCCCUGGAGCAUCGUAACAGCCACGGAAGACAGAAAAGAAAGAAGACACCGAAAAAAGGAAAAGGCACUAGCUGAACCUAAAGGAGGGAAAGAAAUAAUCCUACCACAACUUCAGCAGACCUACAACAGACUCAGGAGCUUGCUUUGUAGCCUGUUUGCAGGACUGUGCUCUGUACUUUUUUUGUGUCCAGGGAUGGGCUGGCUGCUGAGUCUGGUCUAUCUGGCUGUGGUGGUGUCUGUAGCAGUUGGCACAGAGAGGAGGAAGCACCAGGUGCAGCAUGGCCCCUGUAGCUACACAUUCAUCCUGCCAGAGGUGGAGCAGUGUACAUCACCUGGAAACUUCCGGGUGAGCAAGUCCCUGCAGAGAGACUCACCCUCACCCCCUGAUGCAGCCCAGACUGAGAAAAAGCUCGAAAGCCUGGAAAGUGCCACUGAGAACAACACACAGUGGCUGCAGAAGCUGGAGAGUUACAUCCAGGAGAAAAUGCGUUCAGAGAUCGUGGUGGAGAUGCAGAGGAAUGCCAUUAACACCCAGACAGCCACCAUGCUGGAGAUAGGAACCAAUCUCCUCAGCCAGUCAGCAGAACACACACGGAAACUUACAAAUGUGGAGACUCAGGUGCUGAACCAAACAAGUCGACUAGAGAUCCAGUUGUUGGAGUACUCUCUCUCUACCAAGAGACUGGAGAAGCAACUCCUGCAGCAGACCCAAGAGGUGUCUCGUCUAAAUGACAAAAACAGCUACCUGGAACAGCGCUUCACAGCCUUGGAGGCCAGACACAGCCAGGAGCUGCAGGCUAUCCAGCAGGACAAGCAACAGCUGCAGGAGCUUCUGGAGCGGCAGAGUCGCAUGGUCACUGUGCUUGAGAGACAGCUGGCCACCUCCACACGCAACAGCACGCUGCUCCAGCACCAGCAAGCUACUCUCUCAGAGACACUGCAGCAGCUACUGGCCAUGAUCUCCCAGUGCAACGAUAUUACUAGCCUGUCUAAGGUGAAGACAGUGAUUUUCAGAGAUUGUGCUGAUGUAUACAAGUGUGGAAUUACAGAGAAUGGAAUAUACAACAUUCAUCUCGCCAACAGUACGCAGACAGUUAAGGUUUUCUGUGACAUGAAGACUAGAGGAGGAGGUUGGACUGUUCUUCAGCAUCGUUUUAACGGUUCAGUGGACUUCCAUCGGAACUGGAAAGAUUAUAAAACGGGAUUUGGAGACCCCUCAGGAGAACACUGGUUAGGAAAUGAUGUCAUCCACCUGCUCACCAUAUCCCGAGACUACACUCUGCAGGUCCAGCUCAAAGAUGUAGACGGAAACCAGGCCUACUCUCAGUAUGACCAUUUCUACAUCGAUGGAGAGGAAAAGAAAUAUAGGUACUAUAAUAUUUAUCUGGGCUUACAAUUUUAAAAGAGAGCUAUGAUGUACUAAAGCUGGUCAAAUUUACAUUCCAAACUCAUUCUGUUUGUAUUGGAUUAAUGUUUUGUUUUAAAGUUCGGGCUGUACUUGCAUGCAAAUUUAACAUGUUCAACAAUUUCAUAAUUUUUCCUGAGACUACAGGUUACAUUCAUGACUCCUUAUGUUAUGUGUAAACUGGGAAAAAUGGGCAUGGAGUGGGAAUACUUUAUGGAUGAGAUACCAGUUCAUUACAACACACAGUCAUACCUAGGGGCAAAUUAGCAUCAACAAUCCACUUACCUGCAUGAUUCUGGGAGGUGGGUAGAAAUCAGAUAACAUGGAGGCACAGCCAAUGCAGGCACAGGGAGAACAUAAGAAGCUCUACACAGACAGUAAAUGUAGGAUCAGACUUAGGUCUCUGGAGCCGUGAGACUGCAUUGCUGCCCAGCAAUGCCGUCCUAAACAAACAUAGCCUGUACCAUCAAUCAAGUGUGCAUCAGACAAAACGAUUAGCAAAGUGCAGAGAAAUCUGCCACAGUUUGCUUUUCACUGCUUUCUCUAUCAACAGGUACUUUCAGACUACUGAUUCAAGGGCAGACCUGGGAAGAACUCAGGCAAAUUGCUUUCAUGCACUCUGACUGCCAAGUCAAACAAAUCUCACCUUUCUGUUACAGAUGAAUCAGAUAUUGCCUAGGGAAAUUAUUAUAUCAUAUGAAGAGGAAACAUACAUUUUAAAAAAAAGAAAUGAAAUGAAAUAAGUUCCUAGUUUGGAGAAUGAGGCUUGGAAAGUGGUAAGACUUUAUUAAAUCUGCUCUUGUUGGAAAUCAUUGUGUGUAGUUCACACUGCCUACAACCUGGGAGGGAGAUAUGGGGUCUAUUGCCAAAUUCCAUCAUUUGGUUUCCUUUUCGCCUUCUCACAUAUGUGUAAGUUUUAUUUGCAUGCUGUGAAUGCUGGCAUUGUCUGUAAUAUGUUAUGUUCAUAUGGAAACAGCCAGACAUGUGACCUAUUGAGUGAGGGUGUCUAUGUGCCAAAAUGCUUUCCUGUAGACUCAUGCUGUGUGGUCCAUUUUCUGGCACUUUCCAUACUAAAUGUGUGCAGUCACACCUUGUGAGUUGUUGCAAACAAAAGAAUAUGGAUAAUGGAAGUCAUUUCCAACACAGCAGUAUUGAUUGCAUCCUAAUUUAAUAUUAUUAUACCAUUGCUUUCUCAACAUCUCAAUCUAGAUUUAAUCCCCCUUUGCAGUUAUAACAGCCUCCACUCUUACCAUGAGACUUUGAUUACUUGGACUCUCUUAUUCCAGCAUCCAUGCUGAAGGUUUCAGUGGUACAGCAGGUCGGACCAGCAGCCUAACCCACUCAGGCACCAUGUUUAGCACAAAGGAUCAGGAUAAUGACCGCUGCAGCUGCAAGUGUGCACAGAUGGCCUC